CCUGGUUUUUUUUGGCUGCCGAUGAUCCAGCAAUCAACACCAUUAGCACCCCGCUCCUGCAGAGCACGAGCACCAGCACGCACAUCUCUACACCGGCAGUCGAUGUCACGGCGGGUGGUGCUGCUGCUGCUGCUGCUGGUGGCGCUGGUGGCUGCGCUUGUACGCAGCGCCGAAGCGGUCUGCCUUUUCGGCCUCAACCUCUCGCUGCUGUUGUGCACCUGCGAUUAUGCCGAUGUCACCUGCGAUGGCCCGCUCAGUGGGCUCCUCGUUGGGGAGAUUCCCGUUGGUGCCACUUCCUUCACUCAAAUCAACAAUCCGGGAAUUACAGCGCUUGCUUCGCGCCUGCUCAGCUUGGCCGUGCCGACCCUCAUCACGCUAGACCUCACCAACAACGCCAUCGCUUCCAUUGAUGUCAACGCGUUCGCUUCCCUUCCGAACUUGCAAAACCUAAUCCUGGUGUCCAAUCAAAUCACAACGCUCGCACCAGCCGUGUUCGCCAACAUACCAGCCACCGUGACCACCUUAAACCUGGCCUCAAACAGCCUCAACUGCUGCGAGCUUGACUACAUUCGAAGUCAUCCUCGCAAAUCCAUCCUUCAAAAUGCCGUCUGUGCCUAUCCCUCCAGCGUAGCGGGCCAGUCUCUGUUGACGCUUCCCUUCGCACCGUCAGAGUGUGGUUUCCCCACCACGUGGCAUCGACGACGCCCAUCUCCACCACUCCUGUGGCAUCGACGACGCCCAUUUCUACCACUCCGGUUGCGUCGAGCACGACCGCGGCGGCCCCGGCAAGCUGCACGGGAAAUGUGGUCAUCUCCAACCCAGUGGAGUUGGCCCUCUUCCUCGUGGGAUGCAGCGCAUACGCUGGCUCCAUCCAUUUGGCACCGCUCCCUGGCGCGGGCUUUUUGAACGACCAAAUUGCGCUCCCUUCGUCUUUGACUUCGAUCGCUGGCGAUUUGAUUGUCUCCAACACGGCCGACAUUACUUCCUUCAAACUCAAUCAGCUCACCAACAUUGUGGGUCGGCUUGAAAUUGCAAACAACCUUGCUCUCUCCUCCAUCAUCGGCAUUCCAACUCUGACCACCGUGAACGGCGACAUCCUGAUUCAAAACAACACCCAACUGUGCAUUUCGGACGAGCAGAUCACCGCUUUGCACCACCUCUCAAUGUCCUCCGUUCAAGUGCAGCCCUCCUCCGCUAGCUGUCUCAACAACCUUCUCGCUAGCAUCACUCAGGCUGUCAACAGUGCAGAUGUUGCAGGUGCGCAGUCUGCCAUCGAGAGUCUGGCCGCAGUGGCGCUUCAAGUCUCGGAUUCCUCGGCGUUGGCGGUGGUUGGCGCACUCGACGCCGCCCUGACGCUAUCCUCCAACACGACCAGCCCUGGCUCUGCGCAAAUUGCCGCCCCUGCUCUCGCCGCAAUCGGCACUAUGCUGUCCACGGCGGACGAGACUUGGAGUGUCGACGCGCUCAUGACCAGCAUUCCUUCGGAUGCGCUCGCAAGUCAGCACCCGGCCGAGCUGACUCGCCGCGCUGCUCAGUCGCUCGCGCGUGGGGCUUCGGCCUCAGCGCCGCUGUCGUGCGACUCGGAGCGAGUUAGCACCGGUAGCUCCAACAUGGAAACGGCUUCAUUGCGCGCUUCGGGCUCCAGCGCCGCUGGCUUGCAAUGGCACUCUGCCGACCAAAGCGCGCGCUUUUCCCUGCCAUCGACGCUGUCUAAUCUCGCAAGCGCUGCGGUGAGCAGCGAGUGUGAAUCGAGCCUGUCGAUCGGAUUUAUCUUUUACAGCAAACCCAGCUUCUUCGAGAACGACGCCCAAACCCUCUCUUUCGCAUCGACAGCUGGCCUGGCGCGUGUCGCAAACGUGGUCGCGUCAGCUCUUGCCGUCGAGACCACUCCAUCUUCGUCGAUUGUUGGUGCUUCCCCGACGUCCACUGCCGCACCUGCUGCGGGCGAGCUCGUGUUUUCGCGCUUCCUGCUCAGCUCGGUCAUUGCGGCCGACGUGGUCGAGUCCAGCACUGACGCAACUCCCGCUGGAUUGUAUCGCUUCUCACUGCAAAUCCUCCCGAAUGCCACGCACGUCCUCACGACUGCUCGCAUUCUCCUUGCAGCCAAUUCGACCACUCCACACACUGUCAACCCUUCCGCCACGGCCGACUGGACGACGCUGGCCGCGGCAGUCGAGUGCGGGUUUUGGAACUUCUCGCUCCACUCGGAAGCGUCGCCUAGUGGUAUGUGGGACACGACCGGCUGCCAACGGGUAGCCGUCCACUCGAACGGAACGGUCGACUGCCAGUGCGCGCAUUUGACCAACUUUGCGGUCUUGUUUGUCACCGACCGCGCCGCUGGGACGGCCUUGGCGUCGUCGGUCGAAGGCGAGGCGCUCGAGUAUCUGACCUACAUUGGCUGUGCCGUGACCAUCGUUGGGUGCCUCAUCACCAUUGUGACCUUCCUCGUCUUCCGCAGCCUGCGCAAAGUCCCCAUCAAGCUGCUGCUGAUUCUUUGCGGAAGCAUUGUGCUGGUCCAGCUGUUUUUCAUCCUGUCGACGUCGCUGGCCGGUACAGCGUCGAACGCGGGGUGCAUUGCCCUCGGCGUUCUAUUCCACUAUGUGCUCCUGUUGCAAUUCUUCUCGAGCUUUGUGCAUGGCCUGCAUCUCUUCCGCUCUAUCGCAACCACUGAGCUUUCGACGAGCCUUGAUCGCAGCUUCCGCCAAUACGUGCGAGUCAUUGUCCUCGCACCUGCGCUCCUGAUGUGUGUCUACAUUGCCAUUUUCGCUGCUGCCACUGGCGGUGAUCUCGAUGGCGUGUACGGCGACAUGUUUGACGACGGGCGGAUUUGCUUCAUUCCGUCGGCCGUCGGUGCAAUCUGCUCACUCGCCGUUCCGGUGCUCCUUAUUAUUGCCGUCAACUUUGUCAUCUUCUUCAAGAUUGCCAGAAUUAUGGUGCACGCCAACAAGCUGUUUGACGGAGCGUAUGCCCACAACGCCAAAGUGUUUGCGGGCAUGACUGCCUUGCUUGGCUUGAGUUGGGGCCUCGGUCUGCUGGUGAUGGUGAGCGACAGCCAGAGCGUGUUUGUCUGGCUCUUUGUCAUCUGCAACGGCCUCCAGGGUGUCAUUCUGGCGUUUGUCUACUGCACCAGCGACCAAGUGAAGGGUGCAUACCGUGAAUUGCUGAGCACGCUGAACUCGACGCGAUCGACGCACGUCGGCACUCUCGAGUCGCCAGCCGGCUCCAACAACCACUCGGGCCUUGGCGGUGGCGCUGCACCACUGCUCGCUCACCAGGCCCUUGCGCGCCAGCCAACCAAUGUGCGCGUGAUUCGUGUUGAGCGUCUCAGCAACCAAGUGCUUCUCCGAAAGCAGCCCAGCGGCGACUUGACGCACGCGGCGCCGCAAACCCCGCAAACCCCGCAGGGUGCCAACCUACGCAACGCUGCCGAGUACAGCGAACUGCGUGCUCGCUCCAAGUCCACCCCCGUCUUGUAUGACGCCCUUGACCAGGCUCAAAUCGCCGCGCUGGCAGGCCCUUCGUCGCUGCAGCAGCAGGACAACGACCACAUCUAUCACCGCCCGGCAGACCAGCUCGAAGUGCCAAAGACCCAACUCGGACGCUGCAAGUCUGAGGAUUUGAAGACAAACCAGAGCCACCGCCGCUCCAACUCUGAGCUCUUCCACAAAAAGUCGCGAUCUCCGCGCGCCAGCAGCCCGCGGCCCGCCAGCCCUGGAUCGCAAGGGACGAGCGUCAUGCACAGCAUUCGCAGCUUGCUGACUCCUUCGUCGGCAAACUCUACUGCCACGCUCAACCUCGAGCAUCAGAUGAUGGUGAAUCUGGGCGUGUACGACGACGUGCGCGCCAGUGUGGUAGAGCCUGAUCUGGACUUGGAAGAUAUUUUGAUUAUCGACGAUUCGGCCGACAGCACGCAUAGCGACCCCAAGAAACGCUACCGGUUUGUGUCCAAGCGGCCCGAUUCGCACGCCGGUCUCCAACGACCCCUGUUUGCUCCCCCGUCUCCCGGCGAUUCAGCGGCCUCAAGUCGGCACACAUCGUCCACCUUUGCGUCGAAUCACGACCUUUCAGACCAAAAGGCUGCUGAAGCGCUCGGAAAUCAUGUUUCCCCAGCCGCAGCUCAAGGCUACGACUUUCCCCUGGCACGCCUCCGCUACGAUGACACCCCACAGUCGUAUUAUGAAGCUAUGCGCUUCGAGUCGGAAGCUGUGUAGCGAUUCAGCGCUCCCACAUUUUGUUAUUGCUUUGGUUCCUUGUUAUGUAUUUUUUUUUUCAUGUUGCAUGCCUCAUGAGCACUUUGAUCUUGCGUCAUGCGCCCGAUCUGCCCCUUCGUUAGUUUACUUUUGUAUUUGUUUUUUUCUGCGUUGUUGAUUUAACACUUGUUGUGACACACACUCCAAACCCUCGUGCAUUGGC